CUCGUACCUCGUUCAGAGAUUCACUCUCGCAUGCCAACAGAUACUCCACGAGUGGAUCGCACUUGAGCGGGAUGUCCAACAUCAUGCCCGUCUUCGUGGAUGGUCUGAAUGCAGAGGGCCUUAUCCGGGUGGGCAACUCGAGAGUGCACCAUAAGAAAUCUCGAACAGGCUGCCAGAGGUGCAGGUCACGUAGGGUCAAGUGCAACGAAGCGAAGCCCAUUUGCCGCAACUGUGAGCGACAUGGCGUAUGCUGCAUAUACGAUCGUUAUGAUCCCGCGACCGAGAGCCGCACCAAGUCUGGACCCAAUACUGCUAUCGAACCGCCCCAAAGUCUCGCAGAGGCAGACGAGCAUCCGGCCUCCACUCUACCCCAGCAGAAAUCCAGAGACGGGGACUCUUCUAGGUUAUGGAACGCAAAUUGUACUGAUACUCAAGAGCAGUCUCCCCGGCAUAGCCCCAGCGAACCCUCAGAGUCGAGGCGACGGCGGAUGCUGGAGCUGGAGCUAAUGCAUUUCUAUAUUACGGAGACUGGCCCGUCGAUCGCCUUUGACAAGAACACUUCUUUCGACCUGUUUGUCAAGGCGAUCCCCCGUGCCGCGCUUAAGUCAGACUCCCUGCUGUACAGUGUCUACGCAAUUGCCACCCUUCACCAGACCAAGACGACAGGAGGCGCAGACCCUUCCAUCCCCUCACCUACGGCUGUGGCCACGGCACGCGACCUUCACCAGCUCUAUCUGCAGCUAGUUUUCCAGCAUCACCACCAGGAGCUAGCACAGCUCUCGCGCGACAAUGUAGAUAUGGUAAUCAUGACCGCCAACAUCAUUCGGCUCAUUGCUUUUGUCGUGCUCUCGGAGCGCCCCCUGGAUCCUUACCUACCGCCCCUAGAGUGGCUUAGGAUAACAAAAAGUCACGCGCAAAUCUUUCGCACCGCCUGGGAUCUGGUUGGCGAUGACAGCUCCACUCAGACUGCCAGGCUCAUCCGAGCCACCCCUGUGGUGUGGGAUCACGACGAGCGCGAAGGCACCGACAAGCGCGAGGGCCUGCAGCACCUCCUUCUAGCUGGUACUAGUGUGGAUGGGUGCCGCGAGAACGAACCGGGACAGUGGGACGAUGGGGUUCGACGGGCGUACGAGUCAACUCUUAGCUACAUUGGUGGCAUUUGGCACUCGGUGCAGAAGGGCGAUCCGCUGGGCCCGAUAGGACGCCGGUUGAUGCUCUUCCCCGUGCUUGUCGACCAGCGCUUCAUUGAGCUUGUGGGCGAGGCCAAGCCACGGGCACUCGUGAUAAUGGCCCACUACUUUGCACUGGUCGUGGUCCUCAAGCCCUUCUGGCUUGUCGGGAACACUGGCCCGCGUGAGGUCAGAGCUAUUGCCGCACAAGUGCCUGCAGAUUGGCAAGGCAUGAUGGCGUUGCCCCUGCGCCUUGUCAACGAAGGUGUGGCAUAUUCCCCGGCGGCAGCGACCUAAGGGGGAAGGUAGCAAUGCUGUUUAUUCUCAAAGACGAAGUAGAUAUCUGAGGCUUGGCGAUGAUCCUGGAACGAUCCGGAUCGUUCCUAAGCGAGAUUGUACCUUAGGCCUUAAACUGCCCUAUAAUUAUAGGGAGCUUAUAGCGUACUUCCAC